UCACAUGACCUCCCUGCGCGUUUGGGGAUUUAGCGCUGACACUGACAAUGCUGUUAACAACCGCAUAUUUGUUUAUUUACAUUCUGGCAGUAACUACGUAGAGACAAUUCCUUGCAAUCAUACUUUAUAUUUAAAUUUGAAAUAGUUAACGGUUGCAAUGUUUUUAUUUGUUUAUUUUAUCAUAUUUUAUUCUUUUUGUUGGUGUUCGGGAACCUUUGCUUUAAAAAAAAAUGUACUUCUGAUUGUUGUGGAUGAUGGUGGCUUCGAAACGCAAGUGUAUGGGAAUCCAAUUUGUAAAACUCCUAAUUUGGAUAAAUUAGCUUCUAGAAGUACAAUAUUCCGUAAUGCCUUUACAUCUGUAAGUAGUUGUUCACCCAGUCGUUCAUCUAUUUUAACGGGUUUGCCUCAACAUCAAAAUGGAAUGUACGGCUUACAUCAAUCAGAACACCAUUUCAAUUCCUUUGAUGAAGUGAAAAGUUUGUCUGCUUUAUUGAAAGAAAGAAACAUACGUACAGGUAUAAUAGGGAAAAAACAUGUUGGCCCAAGCAGUGUAUAUCCAUUUGAUUUUGCAUAUACUGAAGAAACAAAUUCAGUUAAUCAGGUAGGAAGAAAUAUUUCAAGAAUACGGGAUCUUGUUCAUAAAUUCCUUGAAGAAAACAGUAGCAGACCUUUUUUUCUGUAUGUCGCUUUUCAUGAUCCUCAUCGCUGUGGCCACACAAAUCCUGAAUAUGGAGAAUUUUGUGAAAAAUUUGGAAAUGGUGAAAAGGGAAUGGGAUUAAUACCAGAUUGGAGUCCAGUCCAUUAUAAACCAGAAGAUGUACUUGUGCCUUACUUCAUACCUGAUACUCUAGCUGCAAGGCAAGACAUAGCUGCCCAAUAUACUACCUUGAGUCGUCUUGAUCAAGGGAUUGGAUUAGUGUUAAAGGAAAUACAAAGCCAUAAUUAUCAGAAUGAUACUUUAAUAAUAUACACGUCAGACAAUGGAAUUCCUUUUCCAAGUGGUCGAACUAAUCUAUAUGAUCCAGGAAUGGCAGAACCAUUUCUGUUACAUAUUCCUCAGCAGGAAAACAGCUGGAAUAAAAUAUCUGAUGAAAUGGUCAGCUUAUUAGACAUAACACCAACUAUUCUUGAAUGGUUUAAUAUCACAUAUCCUGACUAUAAAAUCAAUGGAAACACUGUGAAACUUACUGGGAAGUCUCUGCUUCAUACGAAUUCAAAAAUCUCAACAAAUGAUGUUGUAUUUGGCAGUCACAAUUUACAUGAAAUAACAAUGUAUUAUCCAAUGCGAGUUAUACGCACCAAGAAUUAUAAAUUGAUUCAUAAUUUAAAUUUUAAAAUGCCAUUUCCAAUAGAUCAAGACUUUUAUAUUUCUCCUACAUUUCAGGAUUUGUUAAAUAGAACAAAAGAAAAAAUUGAAACUAAUUGGUAUAAAAAUCUUACUAGUUAUUAUUACAGAUCGCAGUGGGAAUUAUAUGAUUUAAAAAUAGAUCCGUAUGAAUUAAAUAAUGUUGCAAUGAAUCCCUUUUAUGAAUCAGUACAAAGAAAGUUGAAAUUUUCCUUACUUAAUUGGCAAAGAGGAACAAAUGAUCCUUGGAUUUGUUCUCCUUCCAGCAUUUUAGAAAACAAAGGCAAAUUUAAACAUAAUCCUCAGUGCAUGCCUCUUUAUAAUAAAACAUAAAAUAUUUAUAGAUUUUUAUAUGGCUGUUAUUAUUAUAUAUGUUACAUAAAUGAUUGUUAAAAUUUACUUUUUGUAUAAAUAAUGCAUUAAAAUUAACUGAAAUUUUAGAGUAGAGAUUCUCAACGAGGGGAGAUUUUCCCUCAGGAGGUAAUUUCAUAGUUUCAGGGGGGAAAUGUGGUCAGUCUGACCCCACCUGCUUCUUGCUGUGCCAUUAAAAAAUUAUAUAAAUCUAAAUAAAAGGCUGACUGCAUUAAUCCCCUAAAACUAUGAAAUUCCCCCAUCUAAAUAUUCCAUCAUGAAUAUCAAAUUUUAAAAUACCUAUUUAAAAAAUUUUGUUGCUAGAGCAGGAUCAGAAUUUUUUAACAUUUUUCUGGAGUUCAGUUUAGUUCAAUCAUAUCCAAAUUCAGAAUUUACGUUAAGAAUAUAUUUUAAGUUGUCAAUUAUUAUUCUGAAAGAAAGCUUUGAACAAACAAAAACAAUAAAAAAAUAUUUUAAAAAUC